GCUCUCCGCGGGAGCGCGGCCCGCGGUGGCUGCCUGGCGUUCGCUCGCUGCGCGCGGGAGGCCGGGCCGGGCCGGGCGGGGAGAGGGGCUUGGGGUUGCCCCCUGGCGGCUCCGACGGGUCCCCGCCUCCCCUCCCCGCGCCGCCCGAUCGCGGCCCUCUUCGGCUCCUCCUCUUCCCCUCCGUGGCCGCCCCGCCCUCGACUGCAAACCCAAACACUCCUCGCUCCUGCUGCGCGGGCGGCGCGUGAUUGCUCGGCUGCCGCAGCCGUUCUGCUGCCGUCGCCGUCGCCGCCGCGCGCCCGGCCCAAUCCGGCCGCGCGAUGCUGCUGCUGGCCGCCGCCUUCCUUGUGGCCUUUGUGCUGCUGCUCUACAUGGUGUCUCCGCUCAUCAGCCCCAAGCCCCUCGCCCUGCCCGGGGCGCACGUAGUGGUUACAGGAGGUUCCAGUGGCAUUGGAAAAUGCAUUGCUAUUGAGUGUUACAAACAAGGGGCAUUUAUUACUCUGGUUGCACGAAAUGAGGAGAAGCUGCUUCAGGCAAAGAAAGAAAUUGAAAAGUACUCCAUUAAUGACAAACAGGUGGUGCUUUGUAUCUCCGUUGAUGUAUCUGAAGAUUAUAACCAAGUAGAAAAUGUUAUAAAACAGGCACAGGAGAAACUGGGUCCAGUGGACAUGCUUGUCAACUGUGCAGGUCUGGCAUUGGCAGGAAAAUUUGAAGAUCUUGAAGUUAGUACUUUUGAAAAAUUAAUGAACGUCAAUUUCCUGGGUAGUGUGUACCCAAGUCGAGCUGUGAUCACUACCAUGAUGGAGCGACGGGUGGGCAGGAUUGUGUUUGUAUCCUCCCAGGCAGGACAGCUGGGAUUAUUCGGAUACACGGCCUACUCUUCAUCAAAGUUUGCCAUAAGGGGAUUGGCAGAAGCUUUGCAGAUGGAGGUGAAGCCGUACAACGUCUACGUCACAGUGGCCUACCCGCCAGACACGGACACCCCUGGGCUUGCCAUGGAAAACAAAACAAAGCCUUUGGAGACUCGACUUAUUUCAGAGACCACAAGUAUUUGCAAACCAGAACAGGUGGCCAAACAAAUUGUUAAAGAUGCCAUACAAGGAAAUUUUAACAGUUCCAUUGGCUCAGAUGGAUACAUGCUCUCAUCACUGACCUGUGGGAUGGCUCCAGUAACUUCCAUCACUGAAGGACUCCAGCAAGUGGUCACUAUGGGCCUUUUCCGAACUAUUGCUUUGUUUUACCUUGGAAGUUUUGAUGGCAUAGUUCGUCGCUGCAUGACGCAGAGAGUGAAAUCGGAAAUUGCAGACAAAACUGCCUAAUUCUUACCCCUUGAGUGUGUGUGGGGAACUGUUUCCAAAUAAUUCAAACAGCUUGCUGCUACAUGGGACCCAAGUUUUAGACUACAGAUACUUGUCUUGUUUUUGAAUAUAUAAGAUUGGACCAGUGCUCUUCCUAAAUCUGGCUACCAGCAAAGAAAUAGAAGUCCAGCUUCAGACCACAUCAUUAACACUAUGCAAAUAUGGAAUAGGAGAGCUUUGAGAUGGAGCAGUAGCAGUGUGAGAGAAUUAACAGUGUGCCAACAGGGUAAGGAUUGGAAUUCUAGAAUAACAAGCAGAAUUUUUUUCUAUUUAUUCGUUUUCCCCUUUAUAAAGAUAAAAUCCAGAUAAUGUACUUCAUGGUACAAAAGAAGUCUUGAGAGUUUUUUUAAACUUUCCAUGAAAGGCAGUUCAUGGAUUUCUGGGGUUGGUUUUUCUUCUUAACUUGGUGUAUUUUACUCAAGAUGAGCUGUGUGCAUUGCCAGUGAGUCUGGAUGCCCUGCGUCAUGCUUGCUGUGCUGCUGGUGGAACCUCUCUCUCUUUGAUCCCACAAAGCUGCAAGGGGGAUGGGAGAGAAUAGUGCAGAAGGUGAGAUCAGUCUUUUCCGGUAGGGAAGCAGUGCUUUCUUGUCUUCUUUUAAUCGAAGCUUAGGACUUUUCAGUUUUUAUUCAUGGAGAAAGACAGCCUCCUUAGUAAAAUCUUAGAUGCUUACAGAAGUUUACAGUUUCCUCAAUAGCCAUGAUAAACUGAAGCUCACGUGUUCCAUGUUAGUGUCUGUCCUUCCCUUUCUCCUCUGUCCCACUUUGCUUAUUCUGCUGUAAUAUUUUUGUAAAAGAAGAAUGACCAGCUAAGAUUUUUGACUUGACUUUUUAAAUUAAGUCAUCAAGUCAUUAAACAAUAAAUAAAAAGUGUAACAUUCUUAACCUAGUAGCAUAUAUGUAGCUUUUAGAAAAGGCUUAUGAUUGUAUGUUUAAAUCUUACUCACUAAGAAAAGAGAUGGAUAAUUUUGAAGAUACUCAUUUUUUUGAAAUAAAAUGAUCACCCAUUUUUCUAUGAUUCCCCCUGACCUGAGAACAGUAUCUUCCUGCCACUGUUACCACUCAUUUCUUCGUGCAGCCCUAGAAAUCUCCCUGGCCCUGUGAAGCCGUAUUUGGGUUGCAGGACCUGCUCAUUUUUUGGAUUUCUACAUCAAGUGCCUAUUCCCAUCCUGGUCCUCUUCCUGUGGCAUCCUGUUUGUCAGGACAUCUUGAUGCCCAUCCCCUCAUCCCUGCACAUACAAUAGUGCAUUCUAGUUCCCUUGGAUGGGAAAAAUCUUCUACUUUUCAAGAAGAAAUUUUUUUGUUGUUAAAGAAAAAGUAACCUAGAAAUUAUAUCCGGGCCUUUUUUUUUUGAGCUUUUGAAGUUUUUUUGACUUUGAAAGUGACUUCACUUUUAAAUAAUAAUAUGUUUAAUAGCUCCAUGGUAUUGAGAUCUGCAAAUGGCAAAUUUAGUCACUAACAAAUACAGAAUAAGUUACUAUUUAAUAUAUAAAUUUCUUUGUAUAAACUUGAUUACACUUUGCAGGAGUUUGUUGAUGCCAGAAUGAGUUCAUGCAUCAUUCAGUUUUUAUAGCCAAAGUUUGCAGUCUUUGUGGAGUUAUUCUGUGCAGCUGCUAAAAAGGUAUAAUGUAUUUUCCUAAAUUAUAUUAAUAUUUAUACAUUUCUCAGUUUUACUCUUUUCUUAUGAGUGCUUUUUGAAUGUUGAUAUCCUCUGCUGAUCUAUAUUAAAAUCUAGCCUAAGGUGGUGUUGGAUUUAAUAAAAUUAAUGACUUAGCAAUAGUUAUUACAGUAUUUUUUUCAAAUUAUUGUCAGAGAGAGUAUUUUACUCAGGUACUCUACUGUUGAACAAAUUUAAGAACCCCUUUCUGUGGUGGGAAAUACUGUCCCUAAUCUCGUGUAAGUCAGGCACAAGAGGAGGUUUGCAGAGGUCAUAAUGGAAUGGAAUAAACUUUGUCAGAGAUGUUAAAGGUCCACAUUCCCUUACCCCAGAAACUCUAGAACUAAGUUUGCUUAUUUUUCUAAAUUUGAUGCUAUAAUUCACUAUCAAAACUUGAACUGGUGUGUGGUUAUUGUUUAUUUGUGCCACUUCAUGUGCCUGUUUGAAAUAUCAACAGGUUUGAUUUUAUAGUUAGUGCCAAACUUCAAGGAGGCAUUUUGUGAUAUCCAUUAUAUGCUUCCGUGGCACCUUUUUCAAAUCCAACAAAUUAUGAAUUUGGAAAAACAUCUGGCCCAGAGGGUUUUGGAGAGAGAAUUGUAGUCAGACAGCAUCCCACAAUAUUCUGAAUCCAUCCAAAACAUGAAAAUAUUACAAAGAACAUUCAAUUUUUAUAUCCCUUUUGGCUUGAUUCUUGUACAACUUGUUUUUCUGUUGAGGGGAAGAAAAGGAAGAGGAAAAAGAAGACAACCUUUAAUCCAACUGUUAGGGAAACUAUUGACCUUUUUUAAAGAAUUAAAUCACACUGAUUUAAUAGUUACUGUGGAUGAAUCUUACCUAUGGCUAUAGUUUUUAAAAUUCUCCUUCUUGGUGCUGGUGUUUGAACCCAGUGCCAUGUGCAUGCUAAGCCUGAGUUCUACUGCUGAGCAUCGUUGCCUCCCAGCCCUAGAAAUUUAAUUGCAAUCCUGUUGGACUGUUGACUAUGUGAUCACCAACAACUUACAUAAAUUUCAGUUCUCAAGCACCUGCUCUGAUGGUUUGGUUUACUAUUUUAUUGUAAUGAGUAUAUUUUCUUAUAAGUUAAAUUACAUUUACUUAUAAAUUAACAUCAUUCAGUCAUAUAAAUUCAAAAAUAUGUUCCAAGGCAUUUCAUAAUUGAAAAAUGUAUAGAAAACAGUCCUUAGUUCUAUUUUCAAAAACAAAAAUCAUGGGCCAGGGAUGUAGCUUAGUGGUAGAGUGCUCGCACAUCACUAUAAAAAAAGAAAAAAAUUAGGAAAAUUAUUCAUUCUGUAUUUUUAACAUAAUUUGCACGGUUAAAAAGACUAUUUAAAAUGUUGUUCCAGUGGUCUUUUUACGCUAAUAUUUAUAUAUAUCUAGUUAAAAAUAUUUAUCUGGAUCUGUAAAAACCAUGUGUUAUUGAUUCCCACAAAUGAAACUUCAAGAGAGUAUUUCUGAUAUUUAGAUGGUGAAAGCAUUUUGGUAAUAUUGAAUUUCUUUCAAUUCAAAGAAUUGUAUGUUUUUCUCUUUCUGGAAGAAGGCAAUACCACAAUUUUUUUCUGAAUUAUGUCGUCAGGUUUAAUUUUAUUAUAUCAUGUUUUAAUUUAAACAUUAGUAUUACUCAGUUGAAGCCACUUUUAAGUGUUUGUUUUUUGAUGUAAGAUAAUUUGUGUGUUAUUUCCUUAAGUUUUCAGUAGAUUGGUUUUAAAAGUAACAACUAACCAUAACUUUCCAAUUCAGGACUGGAUCUUGCUAUUGAGUUAUAGUUUGUGGUAGUUGUGGAUUUGAUAUUUUGAAGAAAUAAUUGCUGUUAUAUUUUACACUUGGCCUGAAAUGAGAACUCUAAAAAUGUUUUUAAAUUGAAAAACAAUACAUGGCUAUUUUGAUACAUGUUAGAACUUGUAUUUGCUAUGUUAGAAGCUUUUGUGGCAGAAUUGUAACCUAAUUUUCAUAUCUUGUAUUUCUGAAUCACAACAAAAAAUAAAUGGGGAACAAGCUUUACAGAUCUAAGAA